AUGGAAACUUUGAGUCAUUUCUUUGUGUUCAUGUCUCUGUUCUCCGGUUUAGUUUCAGGAUUUGGUCUGCAAAAUCUUCCAAUCACAUCGUUUGAAGAAGGUUACACACAACUUUUCGGUGACAAGAACUUGAUUGUUCAUAAAGAUGGCAAAUCUAUCCGGUUAACACUCGAUGAAAGAACCGGUUCUGGGUUUGUUUCAAAUGAUCUUUACUUGCAUGGAUUCUUCAGUGCUUCAAUUAAAUUACCUUCUGAUUAUUCAGCUGGUGUUGUUGUUGCCUUUUAUAUGUCAAAUGGAGAUAUGUAUGAGAAGAAUCAUGAUGAGAUAGAUUUUGAGUUUCUUGGUAAUAUUAGAGGCAAAGAAUGGAGGAUUCAGACAAAUAUUUAUGGUAAUGGAAGUACUCAUUUGGGAAGAGAAGAGAGAUAUAAUCUUUGGUUUGAUCCUACUGAAGAUUAUCAUCAAUACAGUAUCCUCUGGUCUGAUUCUCACAUCAUAUUCUAUGUAGAUAAUGUUCCGAUCAGGGAGGUUAAGCGAACGGCGUCUAUGGGCGGUGACUUUCCAUCAAAGCCGAUGUCGCUCUACACAACAAUAUGGGACGGUUCUAAAUGGGCGACUAAUGGUGGCAAGUACGGUGUGAACUACAAAUAUGCGCCUUACAUUGCGCGGUUCUCUGAUUUGAUCCUUCAUGGCUGCGCUGUGGACCCAAUUGAGCAGUUUCCGAAGUGCGAUGAAGGUGCGGUCGAGGAUAUCCGUGCGAUGCAGGAGAUUACGCCGUCACAGAGGGGUAAAAUGGACAUAUUCAGGCGGAAACACAUGACUUACUCGUAUUGCUAUGAUCGGACGAGGUACAAUGUUGCUUUGCCGGAGUGCGUGGUGAAUCCCACAGAGGCUAAACGGCUUAGGGUUUACGAUCCGGUCACGUUUGGCGGAAUCCCGAGGCGCCACCGCAACGGGAAGCACCGGAGCAAGAGAAGCCGGAUUGAUGGAACAGAGUCCAUAUGA